AUGGGCAAAAAAGAGAAAUCUCGAAUGAGCGAUACCUCAAGACGAAAGAAACGGCAGCCAAGUCCAGAGAAGAACAUGGAGCGGAAGACCAGUUCAUCUUCAAUGGAUUCCUUGGUCAACGACACGCGCCUUCCCUCGACCGUUGAGGGCCAUGAUAAGUCAUCGGAAAUAUCGUGCCGGGGGCGAUCAACACCUAUUGCGAAUCAAUUCGAAAGACUACCACCUGUCCGACGUCAAACUCGCUUGUAUGGAGAGAGAUCUCCGAUAGUUGGAGAUAGAUCCUCAGAUGAAGACGAGGACUAUCGAGAGAGGGACAAGCUGUCUGGGUGGGAAAAAAUAUCCCGUCCUGCCCUCCGCGACGUGUACCAUCCUGAUUACCCCUUCACAAAGAAAGACCCAUCUGUUCAGCCACAAGAAGUCCUACCACUUCCAACCUUUACCUCUUCCUACCGUGAGUUUGAGGGAUUUUGCGAUUUUAUUUAUCCUGUGGAUCCGAAUGAUAAAGUUAGUUGGAUUUCAAUCGAAAUGAAAAACUGGACCAAUGAUUACUGCGGGUCUCCAGAGGACAUCGAAAACAGAAUGACUGCAGAGCAGAAGCAGGCUGUACUUGACUUUCUGGGAGAUUGGUGCCUCUACAAUGACUGGGACUCUCUGAUUGCCACAUUUCCCAAUCAACGUUUUCGAUUCCAUACAUUCACUCAGGCCGUCAUCAUGAAGGAUAUUUUUCAGAGUCUUGUCGAGAAUCCAUUCUACUAUAUAGACUUGGACACUCAUUGGGAUGGGCGCUCAGAGACCCUUCCUCCUACAUAUGGAAAGAAGCUAUAUCAACACUGGCAAAAUCUUCUUCGCGUGGAUGAGCUAAGUGCUGAGAGGUGGCGCAUUUCGACUGUUCAAAUGAUGAACAGAUAUCUUGAGCCCAUUGCUAGGCCAAAAACAGAGCCCAUAUGGCCUGUUGAGGCGUGGGACUGCACUACCGGUAUACGAAGCUGGAAUAUUAGGCAGAGGUAUGUAAAUCAGUUGGUCCGCAACAUGCUGGAUCGAUCCAGUCUGAUUUCGCCCAUGCUACUGGACCACGUUCCCGAGAAGGAGCUAGACACCAAGGAACCUUUCCGUCGUGAUGGACUGCUGCGUCGAUGCUAUGAGCAAGCCUGUGAAUUUGCUGUCCAGAUGUGGACUAGAGAUGGAUCGGCAUUCCGUUUUGAUGAGAAUAUCAACGAGAUAGGUCCAUUCACAGAGCUGGAAAACCCUGAAAGGGAUAAACGCCACUAUAAAAGGUGGUGGACCUCCGGAUAUGAUCACUAUGAUUGUCCGUUUGAUCACUCGAGCGAAGACUCAUAUAAGGGACGGGAAACUGCGAUUAUCUUUUGGCCAACGAUCUGGACUAUCCACUACAAACACCUUCACGUGCCUCCAAGAUCAAGGGAAGCCUUUGGAGGAAGAAGUAGUAUUGAGGGCAGGGAAUGGAUUUAUAUGGAUGAUAGAGACUGGCUCUACGAAGUCCUUGCCUCUGGGCGCGUUUAUCUUGCGGGCAGAGGGUUAGUGAAGCCGACCGAUGCUCCUUGCGAGUGA